CAGCCGCUGGUGCGCGGAGCGGUUCUCGGUCUCCAGAGCGGUUCGGUCCGGCCAGUCGCCUAGGCGCUCAGGCCCGGUGCACGCGUGCGUGAGCGCGCUUGCGCCGGUCGGGCUGCUGCGAGGAGAGGAGAGCGGCUGCCUUAGAAAUUGCUCAAUGGUGAAACCUUUCAAAGUGAUAGAAGAGACCUUGAAAGCACCAUGGAUGGGUUUUAUGAUCAGCAAGUCCCUUUUAUGGUCCCAGGGAAAUCUCGAUCAGAGGAAUGUCGAGGGCGACCUGUGAGUGACAGAAAGAGGAAGUUUUUGGACACAGAUCUGGCCCAUGAUUCUGAAGAAUUGUUUCAGGAUCUCAGUCAACUUCAAGAGGCUUGGUUAGCUGAAGCACAAGUUCCUGAUGAUGAACAGUUUGUCCCAGAUUUUCAGUCUGAUAACUUGGUGCUUCAUGCCCCACCUCCAACCAAGAUCAAGAGGGAGUUGCAUAGCCCCUCCUCUGAGCUGUCAUCCUGUAGCCAUGAGCAGGCUCUUGGUGCUAACUAUGGAGAAAAGUGCCUCUACAACUAUUGUGCCUAUGAUAGGAAGCCUCCCUCUGGUUUCAAGCCAUUAACCCCUCCUACUACUCCUUUGUCACCCACCCAUCAGAAUUCCCUAUUUCCCCCACCUCAAGCCACUCUGCCCCCUUCAACCCAUGCCCCUGGAGCUGGCUCAGUACCAGGUGUGGGCCCUGCCCCCACCUCUCACUCACUUCCAGAACCUGGACCACAACCGCAGACAUUUGCUGUACCUAGACCACCACAUCAGCCCCUGCAGAUGCCAAAGAUGAUGCCUGAAAACCAGUAUCCAUCAGAACAGAGAUUUCAGAGACAACUGUCUGAACCCUGCCACCCCUUCCCUCCUCAGUCAGGAGUUCCUGGAGAUAAUCGCCCUAGUUACCACAGACAAAUGUCAGAACCCAUUGUCUCUGCAGCUCCCCCACCCCCUCAGGGAUUCAAGCAGGAAUACCAUGACCCACUCUAUGAACAUGGGGUCGCUGGGAUGCCAGGUCCCCCCACUCAUGGGUUCCAGUCACCAAUGGGAAUCAAGCAGGAGCCCCGGGAUUACUGCGUUGAUUCAGAAGUGCCUAACUGCCAGUCAUCCUACAUUAGAGGGGGGUAUUUCUCCAGCAGCCAUGAAGGUUUUCCUUAUGAAAAAGAUCCCCGGUUAUACUUCGAUGACACCUGUGUUGUACCUGAGAGACUGGAAGGCAAAGUCAAGCAGGAGCCUACCCUGUAUCGGGAGGGCCCCCCUUAUCAGCGACGAGGCUCCCUUCAGCUGUGGCAGUUCCUCGUCACUCUUCUUGAUGACCCGGCCAAUGCCCACUUCAUUGCCUGGACGGGACGAGGCAUGGAGUUCAAGCUGAUAGAACCAGAGGAGGUUGCUCGACGAUGGGGCAUCCAGAAAAAUCGGCCAGCCAUGAACUAUGACAAGCUGAGCCGUUCUCUACGCUACUACUAUGAAAAGGGCAUCAUGCAGAAGGUGGCCGGAGAACGAUACGUCUACAAAUUUGUCUGUGACCCAGAUGCCCUUUUCUCCAUGGCCUUCCCAGACAACCAGCGUCCAUUUCUGAAGGCAGAGUCCGAGUGCCCCCUUAACGAGGAGGACACUCUGCCACUGACCCACUUUGAAGACAACCCUGCUUACCUCCUGGAAAUGGAUCGCUGUAAUGGCCUCCCCUAUGCUGAAGGCUUUGCUUACUAAGUUUCUGAAUGGCUGAGCGGCCAAACCCUAGAGCUAGCAGUUCCCAUUCAGGCAAAUGAGGGCAGUGGUUUUGUUUGUGUUCUUGGCUGUUCCCAAAGCUUGCCCUUUGAGUAUUAUUUGGAGAACCUAAGCCGUCUCUGGGUUGACACCCUUAAAAGACAGAUACCUUGGCUCGAAAGUGGGAACAGGGUGAGGAAGACAGCCACCAAAAAGGCUGGUACCUUGACUCUGCUUCGGACUAGAUUUCUGGGAAGAGAUGGACAUGGAGCCUCCUUACUACCAUGGACAAUAUAUGCAAAGCAAUACCUUGUUAAGGUUAGUACCUACAAAACAGAACUGUAUGUGAGACAAUCUCUACAUUGAUCAUGGACUACUAAAUGCCUUGACUUGGAAGGGCUCUCUGACUUGCACAAUUUUUUGAAAAAGAAAAUAUAAGCUCAUAUAAAAAGUUAGGUAGCUGAGUGGGGGAGGCUCGCAUCAUUAAGACUUGAAUUAUAAGAGUUCUUCUAGCUUAAUAUGCCAUGCUUCCCCCUAGGUUGAAAAAAAGGGGGUGGGUGGCAGGAAGUCAAGACCACUGUUACCCACUUGUGGUUCUCCAACCAUUGCUCUCCUUGGGAACUUUCUACCGUGUGGUCACCAAGUCGAGCCAGCCUCCCUCUGUUCCCAGUCAACGUGGCUGAAUGCGAAUGGCUUUCAUUUUAAAAGGGGGAUCAAUACUUUUGACGGUAUAUAUAUAUAUAUUUUUUUUUGCAUUGAGUCAAGAGGAUUGUUUUGUUUUGGUGGUUGUUUUGGAAAAACAGUUUAUAAACUGAUUUUUGUAGUUUUGGUAUUUAAAGGAAAAAACCCUUUGGUAACUGCACUAUGUCCCUUAGUCAGGGCAGUGACAACCUAUGAAGACGCUGCAGCUUGAGAGGGGCUUUGCUGGGGCCUCACUGUAUCCACAUAAAAACCUGCUUUUGUUGCCUGCUUUUGUGCUUUUUGCACCAGACAACCUGAAGGAGCAUUUGCACCUGAGUUGUACAGUUUUGAAGUGUACAGGGCACCCAGACACAUGCUUGUGUACAGUUCCCCAUGUUCACUAACACACCCUCUCUGGGAAGCAGAUGUACAUACUACAUGCCCUGUCCAUUUGAAACCUGAUCACCUAGUUGGAACCCUAGGGAUUCUCCUCAAGGGUUCUCACCUCAUAACUAGUGACCUUUCUGUUUCUCCCAUAGGUUAGGUUCGGUUUUCCUUUAAAUCUUAGAAUUGAAACCAUGCAUCACAGUGCUGCAAUAGGGUUUGAGAUUUAUGUGUGGCACUGACAGAUAAAACAUGGCCAGCAUUCUGGUUUCCUCCCUCCCCACACUCACACAUCUUUUCUUUAAAAUAUUUUUGAUUGCUGUAUUAUAUUGGGGAAAUAGUAAGCUACAGCUCUGUGAAAGUUGAGUUCGGAGUAGAGGAAAAGUCACUGGGAAAUGGCAGCACCUUGCUGGAAUUGUGCUCCCUGUGACACUGCUGUUCCUCAUGCCCAACAUGAGUGUAAGACGUGCUUUGAAUUAAUUUUCUAUUAAUGGAGCUCUCCACAGUCCCUCCUAUGACCAACAGCACAUUUGUGAAGAUGUUCUUAGGGAUGGGCGGGGGAAGGGGGUUACAUUUGAUAGCUGUGGAAACAUAGAUUUCCUCUUUUGGAAGUUAAUUAGCCCAAACCUAAAGCUUGGGCCUUAAUUAGCAUUGUAUAAUCAAAGGACUCUUUCUAAACCAUAUUUAUAGCUUUCUAAUCUACAUAUAGACUAUACAUAGAUACAUAUUUUACCCCCAGCUGGCUAGAGAUUUAUUUGUUGUAAAUGCUGUAUAGAUUGGGUUUUGUUUUCGUUUUAUUUUUUUCCUUUCUUAAUGGUUUGGGGCUUUUUUUUUUUUAAAGGAAUUUAUUCUGUUUUACCAAGUAUGAAAAUAAACUUUCUGUAGCUGAGCUGCCUCUCCCCUGCUGAAACCAUGUGGCCUGUGCUGUCACCGGCCCUGGAAUGGCAGUUGUCACCCUUGCAUUCCCAGGGGACUCAUACAUCUCCCAGAUGGUAGUUUUUGUUGUUGUUGUUAUCCCAGGGUUUCCAGGGGGAUUGUUUUGUUUGUUUGCUUCUUUUCCAGAGUGUGGAAAGUCCUACAGUGCAGAAAGGCUUUAAGCCUGCCAGUUGAUCUGAAGUACUUUCCUCUGCGCAGGCCUGUGUGCAUCCUGCCAAGCUGCGUUAUAUUCUGUACUGUGUACAAUAAAGAAAUUUGCUUUUCGUUUA